UUUUUCACCUUGUCAUCCUCUAUUUUUCUCAAUUCAUAAGUCAUUCCUGCGUGAUUUCCUUAACCGAUACAACGGCAAGAAAGUGGUGGGAAAAAUGGCGUGCGCUAUCGCACACUUAUGCGCUCCGAUUAUACGCGGUAAGAGCGCGCGAUUUCAAAACACACGCGGCCGGUCGACUCGACUUCCAGUCGAAUCGAUCCGAGUCGUUCCGAUGCUCGGCCGGAAUUCUCGCGAGUCUUGCGGCUACGUUAAUAUCUCGAAGUGCGUAUUGAUACCUAUUCAGCGGGAGAACAACCCCGCACUCCGACGCUCGCUCGAAAAUUGCGAGCGGGUAUUGGAUUUGAGUACCAUCGCUAGGCUAGAGGCGGCUGGAGGAUAGCACAGUAGGCUAGCGCGCGUGUGCCUCGCGCGCCGCAAUUACUUAAUUGCUCGUAUCUGAUUGGGCCCGCCGCGGGGGAGGGAUAACGGUGUCCUCGGUUCGUGAUUUGCGCGUCGCGCGUGCAACGUGCUUCCAUUGGCCGAGUUACCUGGGCGGCCGACGAAUCAGCCAUUCAUUUCUGGAACCCCCGCACUGCCGGCGCUAGUAAACCCCUGUGAGAGAGAGAAAGAAAAAGACAGAGAGAGGAAAGGAGCGAGAGACUAACGGCGGCGUAGUAUGAGGCGUGCGCGCGCGUCAAAGAGAGCGAGGGGGAGAGAGAGAAAGAGAGAGGACGAGUAUCGAAGUUUCGAAUGCGCUCGACAUCGAUAGCUAGCCGCCGUCGCCGCGCUGCGGCAACGCGGCGCGUCCUCGCGACAGUACGUACGAGGCCGACGCGCUCGCGUGUCGCAGAGAGAUCGUAACGGCGAGAUCGAAUCAAGGAGAAAAGAGGAGAAAACGCGAAAGGAAAGGGUGGAAAAAGAGGAAGUAGGAGCGAGCGGGAGAGAAAUAUCACCGUUACGAGACAGAACGCGUCGUGACAAAUGCCGGAUAACAGAUAAAAAAGAAAAAACAGAACAAAAGGGAGAAAGGGGAGAGAAAGAGAGUGAAGGAGAGAAGGCGGGAGGGAGAGGGAAGAAGCGAAGCGCCGAUCGGUGGUGGCCGGUCGGCGGUGGGGCGCAGGGUACGCUCUCUCGCGGUAGCUGCGUCAAGCGUCAGUGUCAAUAUGGCCGUUGACGUGAGCGCAGUGCGCGUAGAGACGUGGACGCGAUAGUAGUCUCGGUUCGAACCCUCUAACAUGAGGUAUACUGCGACCAGGAGGGACGCUUUUACGUAAUACCCGGAUAUAACGAACAUACCCGGCACGUAUCCGUAAGAUGAACUGCGCCGCGCCCGAGGCGGCCGCGACGGCGGCAGCAGCCGCCGCGAGCGGCGAUCAAGUCGGCGCGGUACAAGAUAUCAAAAACGCGAUGUUUAACAAUGAAGGAAGGUCUAAACUAAACAGUGACGACGCAAAAUCAACAAUUAUAGAAUUAUUUCCAUGGGUCUCAGAAUUUAAGAAAAUGUGCAAAUGUAUAUACGCAAACAAAAGUAUGGCUUCUUUGGCAGAGCUUAUGCAGUACUAUAUCAGGUUAUAUAUCUAUCGCGAGCUUUCUGAGGACUGUAAUAGAUCUAUUUACUUAAAUAAUAUGUCUGAUUUAUUGGCAUUGUACAUAGAUAUGGAAUUAAAGACUUCAAAAAAAAGUAAAGAAGAUCAUAAUAGAAUUUGUACAAGACUUACUUCUUGUCUUUAUGUAUAUUUAGAACAUUCCACAGAACAUUUGUUAGAUACUUUGAUAAAAAUACAAUUUAUGUGCCGGGGUUAUCACCGUAUUUUAGAUCCCAUAAUAACAAAAAUAAUUAAAAAUAUUCCAGCGCAUCCCGAAUCAAAUAUUAUGUAUAUUCGUUACCUUCUUAUUUAUUGUCUCUGGAGAAAGAUAAAUAGUGAUAUGGCCAUGAAAAGUCAAAUUAUUUCAACCGCAAUUGCCUCUCUGGGAGCACCGCCAGCAACUUUCCCACCAUGCGUAUUAGAAGAUGUAUUACCGAAAGUGCCAAAGUGUCAACUAAAUUCAGCAAAAUAUCUGAUGCAGCAAAAAUUUGACAUAAGAAAAUGCUGUGAAUUAUUUAUACAAUUCUGUAGAGAAAGCAAAGAAGGUACAUGGCAACAAAAAAGUGAAAAUACAACUACAAUUCCAAGUUCAUCGAAGAGGACUACUUCACAACUGCUGGAAGUUACAUCACGCGAAAAUAAAAAUAUACAGUGUAUUCAAAAUAAAUUUGUUUCUUCAGAUAAGAAUGUGAAAAAUAAUUCUGUUUUGUUAGAUAAUUUAAAAUCCUCAAAUUUAGUAGAACAAACAAAUGUUAAACCUUUAGGCACAAUUUCUACAAAUGUUUCUGUAACACGGACUAUCUCUAAAUCGAUGAAACCAAAAGUGCUUCCACGGAAGAAGGCUAAAAAAUCUAAUAAGAUUGUAAUAAUAGAUCUUACAACUGACAUCGCUUUCGAACAAUGUAUAAAGAAGAGAAAAUCAAGAAAAGUUGCAUGGCUCGAAGAAGCUAAGAAGAAGCUCAACAUAAAAGCGAUAAGAACGUCACAGAAGAUUAAGAAACAACAAAUAGCAGAAAAUGUAAACUCUUUGAAGAAAAUAACUCUCAAUCAGCGAUUGGAAGAUUCGCGUCAACCCGUACAUGUCACAGAGAAUACAACUUUGAAGAACGAGUCUACAUCUCAAAUACGGGAUAUGAAAUUAGAUAAUGAAAAACUGAAAUCCAUGCAACUUGAUGCGAAACAUAAAAAUACAUCAGUCAAUGGUAACAUAGUAUCUACGAAACAAUCGGUGGAUAUGAAUAACAGUGGCAAAAGUGAAACUAUUGGGACGCUGCACUGCACAGUCUCUUCUUCUGUAAUCGUUGAUAGACCACAGUCUAAUAAAUCUAAAACUUCUAAAAAUUCGCCAUUGGAUAUUUUGGAUGAUGCUAAUAAUAUUAACAGAUGUCAUGAUAUUAACACUACUUCGGAAGCAAAGAAUAAUGACAGAAUAAAUAAUAGACAUAAUACACAGACUGUGAUUAAACGACUGAUAGAAAAAGAUACUCCGCCUGAAAGUGAAACUUAUAAAAGAGUUGAAAGUUUAAGGAAAAUCUGUGAUUUAGGAACAGAACACUCUAAAACUGUAAAUACUCCUCCCAUGAUAUGUGCCCAAGACGAUUCCAAAGAUGAAGAUGAUAGCUCUAAUCAUAAUACUAACUAUCUUAGUACAACUAAAGAUAAAUCUGCGUAUAUAAUUUCGUCUUUAGAGCAUGCGCAUUGCCGAAAUAAUGCAAAGAAUGAAACAAUUGAUAAAAAAAUGAAAAAUUUUGAUAAUGUUGAGAAACACGUGCGAGAAGAUACUCGUAAAACGAUAAGUAAUGAAACACAGUGUUUUAAAUCAAACACAAUUGAUAGUGAAUUAAGUAAAGAGAAAUUUGCAGUUUCUACGACUGCGGCUGAAACUCGCACUACAACAACUGUAAGUAACGUGGAAAUAUUAAUAAAUGAUAUGACAGAAUCUGAACGAUUACGGAAGCCAUGCAUUACUGAAAAUACAAGACAACUACAGGAACCUGAAUCUCAGGAUAAAUAUGUAUCAACAAGCCACGAUACUGCAAAUAAUAUUGUAAGUCUUAAUAUAAUGAACGGAGACCAUUCUAAUGUACAAACAGAUUUAAAGAUUGGUACUUGCAUCGAAAUAAGCGAUGACAUAAGGAAUAGCAGAUUCUCUAAUUGUAAAAUCAGAGAAACUAUUUUUGAAAAUCACACAGCUGAUAAGAAAAAUAUUUCUAAUAUCUACGAUAUGUCACUGUGUUCAAAGGAAGAAGUCAAUGGUGAGAAGGAUAUUCACUUGAAACCAAAUCAUAAAGAAAGCGCAGAAAUUGAAUCUAACAAGAAUUGCAGUAGAGAACAUAACAUAGAGGAAUUAGGAAGAUCUUCUGUAUUAUGCACAAAAAUUAAGAAGGAUCUUCCUGAUCUUGAUCAAACACACGAUCAGAAAUCACCGAAGAAAUCAUACAAGAUAUCACAUAUGAAAAAUAUUCAAAAUAUUCAGUCGGAAAAUAAAUGUAUCAUUCAAGAUGCAGAGUUACACGAUAAUAUAGAUGGGCUUUCGUUAUUAGCCAAUGUUAUUGCAAGUCAACAUGUAUCUCAUCUAAAAACCGAACACGAAUUAAAAUACGAACAAAUCAAAGUGAAGGAUUAUGCAUCAUUAAGAAGCUCUCCUUAUAAUCAAACUACGGAUGAUGAGGCUGAUACCAAUGACUCGUCGAAUACAGUUUCUCAGAUUUUAGAGAAUCCGACUGCUGAAGUUAUCAAUAAAAUAGUUGGGAUUUAUCCGGAGGACGCAUUGGAUAAAGUAGCGCUUCAUGUUGAAGUAACAUCAACAACUGAUCCCGAUGACCGCGAGACCGAUUCAAGCAAUAGCGUUUCGCAUAUUGUUGAAACUAGUAUUAACUAUGAAACAGACACAAUAUCCAACAAUUUAAGUAUGGUGGAAAAUAAUGUGCAGUCAAUAAAGGAGAAUACAAAUGUUAUAUUGAAUGGAGAAACAGUCGUGCUCUUACAAAAAUCUCCCAAUAGUAAUUUAUACAUCAUCAAUAAAGCAGUGGAAAAUGCUCGAGAUCAUAAUAGUGACGAUGAGAGCUGUCCGAUUAAAGAAAAGAGCUGGAUGGUUCCACCGGAAGAUUGUGCAUCAUUCGAAGUCGUUAAUACAUCAGAGCGUAUUUCGUUUAAUUUGGACCUGCCGCAAUAUAGUAAAGAAUUAUCGUGCCAAGAAACCAAGUAUUCCGUCGGAAGAAACAAAAGUAUAAAAAUCGAGCCCGAGGAAGAAAGCAAUUUAAUGAGUAUCACGGAGAUGAAAUCGUACGGUAAGAAAGGCUCAUUGUCGACUGACGUGUUACCGGCGACGUCGCAGAUUUAUCAAGAUACGAACGUUGCGAAUUUGAGUAUCAGUAAGUCGGUCGACAAACGAAAAUCCAAAUCCAUCCUCACUUAUAGGCAAAACAUUAAGCAAGAGUUCAACAAUCAUAUUACGCCGAAUUGUGGAAUACAGGGAUGCAACGGGAUACAUUCGCAUUCUCACGAAGUGAUUGAACCGCAACAUUCGUUACAUAUUCCGGUCACUCAUCCUACGACAAUACCUUCGAUUUACGGAAACUGUGCUGCCGGCACUGAUCUAUGUAUGCCAUAUCACAAGCAUUGCACUUCUGUGUCGUGUAGUUUACAAAUUAAUUCUACUACUUCGCUCCAUUCCCACACGAAAUCCGCUAAUUCAUGCGGGAGAUCGCAUUGCUCAUGUCUAAAUUGUACGUAUGACAUAGUUACGCAUUGUAGACAGUGUAUACACCCUGCCACAGACUCCCACGUGUCUUGCAUUGAAAGUAAUUCUUAUUUUUUGCCCGCACAUUCAUCAGUACAAACAUCCGCCGUCCAAGAGCACGAUAGGACAAAAAGCGAAGCGGUAAUAAGUAAAUUGUAUGACGAACAAAUAUUGCGUAAAAGAGUAUCGCUACAAAAUAAUACGAUGGAGAAGCUGGAUAUACGCGAACCAGAGAAGUUAUUCAAAAAAGAUAUGGAAAACAAGUUGCCGUUAAAAAAGAGAUUGAAGGCUCACGCUAUGAUGGCGUAUGAGAAAGUGCCCAUCAAGACGGAAAAAUUGGAUAACUAUCCUGGAAUUCCCAUGAUGUCCAUAGCAGCCUUAGAAACGAUAGAUGGUACACCGAAACAUCCCGCGCAAAUCAUUAAAUCAUCGUAUGAAUUAUCCCCUAAUGAGGAGGAUAAUCCUCACGGAAGCUAUCAUUUCAAUUCGAAUAUAGUGCGCAGAGAUUAUUACAAAGAUAUACACAUUACUAAUGCACAUCAUAAUCUUACGAAAGAAAGUACAAGAAAUCACGAGCAUCAGUUUCGACCGAACGGUGAUCAGCCUAACGCAGUGUGCCUAGAAAGUUGUCAGGACAGGACACCUGCGCAGCGUAGAGACGUCACGAAUCCAACAUCUCUGAAACGUAUAGCAACGGAGACGAUCGAACAGGAUAGCGCGUGUAAAAAGGCGAAAAAAACACAAUCGUCUAUUAGACAAACGAGAAGCUCAAAAAGAAACGUUCCUAAGGUAAAUUAUUGUUACACCGAUGUUGAUCCAGAAUGGAAUCCGUCCGGUGAGUCAAAACGAAGACGUAAGAAGACUAGUCGAUGAUCAAUACUAUUUCAUUACGAAAAGUCACCGCUGUAAAAAUGAAAACAAAAUAAAAGCAACCUGUACAGAGGACAAAUGUGUUCUUCAUAAGCUGUGGCACUGUAAAUUUGUAAAUAUAUGUACAAAGCGAAAGAGAGCGAAAAAAAUAACUCGUCCUAGGAAGAUUUAGAGAUAGACCGUUCAGCAGCGUGUUCAAGAUUAGCAUCAGUGAAGAAUUAAAUUAGCUAUAUAGAAGACUCCUGCAUAAAAUAUUUUUGAUGUUUGGUUAGAUAUCACUAGAAACGCGCAAGUUGUGAAGAAUUUUAUUCCGUUAAAUAUUGUCUCUCUCUACCCUUGCAAUAUUGUAAAUUGUAUAAGCUUUGUAAGAUAAUAUUUAAAUUUUAAUGUUUUUUCUAUUGUCACAUGGAAGUUGCAAGCUACAUCUAUCGCAAAUUGUAAUUUUCUUAAGCAUGAAAUUCUUUUAAAUUCUUGUAAAAUCAGAUUAAAGUUUUUGUAUAGUUUUUCAUAUAAAUAUGUAUAUACAUAUGUACAUACAUAAUCAAUGCCAAACAGAAACUUAUUUGGUGAAAACCUAGUUUGAAGUAAUAUCAUUUUUAAGUUUCCUGAAGAAUACAAAAUUAGAUUCAGGAAUAUAAUACGACCAGAUUGAUGAUUGAAAGUUAAGAGUGUAUAAAAAAUCUAAAAAUCUCAAAUUCAUUAAACAAAAACAAGAUACAUAAAGUACCAGAAGCAUAUUUGCAUAGAUUAAUUACCCGCUUAUACUUGAGUAACUUUGGGCAAGUGUUUAAUGCAAGCACAUAAUGUCAAUAAAUUCGCUAAAUGGUGCAAAAUUAUUUGUAUUGCCGUACAAUUAUAAAAAUUGGAAAUGUUUAAUUUCUUCCACUUUAUAAUCUGUCCUCUUAUUAUAUAUAGAGAUGCAGCCCUAUAUUAUAUCAGGAAAAAAAUUAUUGUUUAAUAUAAACUUACAUAUACAUACAGGUACCUAUCAAAAUAAGUAGUUAAUCAGCUGAUUCGUACAUAACAAGAAAUUUCAGGUCCCGUUGAAAAAAAAAGAAGAGAUAGUACGCUACAUAAUUGAAAGUAAUUCAUAUAUUUUUCUUGUAAUACAAAUGUCCAUUUUUCGUUAAAAUACGAGCUACGCGAGGGCUACACAAGCUACGUAUUUUAAAAAAAUAAAAUGACCUAAUCGAGCUUGAUAAAUAAAAUGAAAUUGAGGCAUGCAAAGAAAAAUGCACAAUUUAAAUAUCGAUAGUUACCAAGAUAGAAAAGCUUUACAAUUAGCAAGCAUCGUAUAGCUUGUUUCUAAUGUAAUUAUUCAAUAUUUCAGUUCAUAUGUCUGGAAUCUUACUUUAAGAACUGAUUAACAUUAAUAUAUGGCAUUUAAUUAAAUUAUAUUACAUUUUAACAUGAAUUUUUUAUGAAAUAAAAUUUUAAGAACAAUAUAAUUUUUUUAAGUGCUAUUAUGAUAUUGUAAUCGGUUCUUAUGGAAAAUUUGCUCACGUUUAUUGACUUCUAUCUAUUUACUCCUAUGUUAAUGGUUUCAGAGUAUCUAUUAUUAUUGAGCUCUUUUCUGUUAUAACGUGUAUUUGAUCUGAGUCAUAUUGCAGGCCCUGUGUUAAACCUGUGUUAAACCUGAACCAGUCAGCAUCACUAUAUUAUUUUAAUAUGAAUAUCCUAACUACGUUUAAUUCGAGAUAGAUUUGUUUCAAGUAAUGCAUAACUUCAGUGCCAUAUCCCUAUACCUGAUCUCAUAUCUGUGAUCAUUAGCUAAGCAGUAGCUAACAUUUUGUUGUACAAAAAGGAGAUGUACCUUGUUAAGUAGUCUAUUCGAUAGAUUACUUGUCACUGUCACACUUGUCAUUGAUGUACAUUUAUUCAUCUUCGUAAAAAUGAUUGUAGUUAGAGAAUUUUUUUAUUGUAGACUGCUGUACCUCUUAUGUAUUAACUACAAUACUAUUCCCUCAUUUUCAUUAAUUGUUUUGUUUUAAAUGAUAUUUCUUAUACUCUUGACUGAAGAAAGGCGCAUUUUUUUCAUUACCGAUGUUUCUUAUUGUUACUAUUUAUUUAUUAAUUUAUAAUGCGAUGAGUCUGAUAGGCUUAAGUUUAACACAAAUAAAUUUAUAAGUUACUAUAGCUAUAAAUAAUUAGUUUUUAUCAAAAUUGCCAAAAGUCUUCAUACAUAUGGAUCGAAUAUAAAUAGAUUAUUAAUCAUAAAUAAAUUAUUGUAUGCAUAAAGCAUUUAUUAAGGAAAGUCUGACGUCUUAAACAUUAAUCAAGUUAGUAUAGUAAAGUACUUUACAUCAGAUGCCUCAUUAAUUCGUGUUCAUCAAAAAUUCAGUAUUGUGUAUGCAUAGAACAUCUCUUUCGUAAUGAUAUAAAUAAACCUGUAUUUACCUAUAUUUGUACAUUAUGUGCAUUACAUAAAAUGUCGACUGCAUAAAAAAUCGAGGUAAAUAUACUGCACAUAUGGAAAUAUUAAUAUAUUUACCUCUCUCUAUAUAUUAUAUUCACUGGAAUUAUAGAUUCGCUAUUACCUAUAUGAAAUAAGAUUAGAAAUGUUAGAAACUCUCAACAGGGUAAAAACAUUAAUAUGCUUUUGAUGCUCGCAGCAUCGGUUCAUUAUAUUUUACAUAAGUAUAUAUACGUAUACUUAUUAACUAAAAAUAGAAUAUACUAUACCUCUCAACAGGGUAAAAGCGAAAAAUAUUCGGCAAGUUUAUAGUUCGUUUAUAGUUCACAUGAGUACAGUUACUUCUUUUAAUCACACACACUAGUUUAUUUUACAAGUGUAUCUAAUUAUCAUAAUUUUUCCUUUCAGUUUUUAGUAAAGCAUUUUUUAUUACACUAAUAAUAUCGUCCGAGAACUGUAAAUAUGUUUUUAGAUAUAUAUGUUGAUCACAUUUAAAUGUGUUUAUUACGCUGUUAUAUUGCAGUUAUUUUUUUCAAGCAGAUAAGAUUAACGAGAUUUCAAUAUCUGUUCCCAAACAUAUAUUCUAUAUUCUAUACUAGAUAAACAGGUAUCUACGAACUAAAUAUAUAUAGUGAAGGAAAAUGUAUUGAAUGCUUCUAAAAUGAUAGUAGUAAUGAUCUUGCAUAUACAAGUACCAAAUUCUGCAUUUUAAUGAGAAUAGCGUAUCCUUUUUCAUAUAGAUUAUUAUAGUAAAAUAUUUCAGAACUAGAUACUGAGUUCUCUCGAAUUGAUUUUGUACAAUUGCGCGUAAUAAAUGAAUAACUCGAAUGUAUUAAAAAUUGAACUUUUAUUCUUUUUUUUCAGUCUCUGCAUUGUUGUACAUCGUGGGUUAACUUAUCACAAUACAAUUUUUUUUUACACAUGAAAACGCAAUAAUAUCGAAAAUUGAUUAUGAUAAUAAUUUAUCAUAGGUCUACAGAUAUAUAAUUAUUGAACUUACUAUACGUGAAGACUUAAACAAUUUCAUAUGAGAUACAUUAAUAUUUCAUACCUAAAUAUUUGUGUGAAUUCGAUAAAAUUAGGAGAUGUAUUACGACUCACAAAAUACUCUCAUCUAAAUAUCAUUAUAUUUAUUAAUCUAACUGCAUAUUUAAAUAUUUUAUGCAGUACAAAUAAUAAGCAAGAAAAUUUGUUUUAAAAAACAUGUGAAAACAAAUCGUCUAAACAUAUUCUGUCUUUCAUACAUUGAUAUUUCACAAAGAAAUAUAACAACUUGCACAUAAUUCGAUAGAUAUACAUAUAAUAAGUUAUGUAUAUGUAUUAUUUCAAAAUUCCUACGCAUAUGAACUGCAUAACCAGGUUUGACUUUUUUUAAACAAAUUUGAUAGAAGUUCCUUAUACAGUACACAUACAGUAUUUAUUACAUAAAUAUUUUGUAUAUAUAAGAAUGACAAAAAAGAAAAAGAUACAGCUGUGUUCUUAGGCCUAGAGGAUAAAGUUGUAAAUAAAUAACAUUUUACUAUAAAGUUUGCAGAAGAAGAUUAGAGAAUUACGUUUUAAAUCGCGCUGACAUGUACAUUCAACAAAAACAUGUACAAUAUAAUGCAAUAAAGGAAACAGUUUUGAA